GGCCACGCCACACAGGCACUCGUUCUUCUUCCUCCAUCUCAUCCUGCCUAGCCAGAGCUGCCGCCAUGAAGCUCGUAGCUGCCUGCACCUCGAUGGAGGUGAAGGCAAAGCCGGCGAGGACCAGCGCGAGGGGCGGCACGGCGGUACCGGUGGAGAAGAAGGAGUUGGAGAGGGAGAGGAGGCAGCGCAUGAAGGCGCUCUGUGAGAAGCUCGCGUCCUGCAUCCCAAAAGAAUACUUCCCCCACUCUGAUACAAUGACCCAGCUAGGCAACCUGGAUGUGGCGGCAUCAUACAUCAAGAAGCUCAAGGAACGGGUCGAUGAGCUACAACAGAAGAAGACCUCUCCAGAAGCCAUCUCUACCUUACUAGGAGUUAGUGGCAUCUCGAUGCACACUAUCACCGCUACCACGAGCAGCGGUGCGGGGUCACCAGAAGGAGGGGGAAAAAUUGAGGCAUCACCACCGGUAGUGGAGGUGCGGCAAUCUGACGAUGCAAGUAUGGAGGUGAGGCUGAUAUGCAGCAUGGAGAGGCCAAUCAAGCUUCAUGAGGUGAUCACCAUCCUUGAGGAAGAAGGGGCCGUCAUCAUCAACGCUAAUCACUAUGUUGCUGCCCACGUAAUAUUCUACACUAUACACUCCCGGGCCUUCAGCACUAGAAUUGGCAUAGAUGUUUCGAGAAUUUCGGAACGACUGGGAGCAUUGGUAUGAUAGUAAGUUGAUUUGUGUAAAAAAAAAACUCACUUAACUGU